AUGUAUUUCUUUUUAACAAGAAAAAAACUUGGAGCUUUGUUUCAUAUUGUUACAGUGUUCAUUUUUGGCCUUCCCAUGGUUAAGACACAAGGUCUAUUCCCAGGACUGGAGAAUAUAGCAGCAUUUAAGCCCAUAUACACAGAUCCACCGGACGCAACCUGCGGAAUCCCAAAACGAAGCGUCUUUUGUCAAAGUAAUGUGAGCUUACAAAGUCUCCAGACCUGCACUCAACACCUAUGUGUUCAAGACUGUCCAUAUAGAGCUGCUAUUCCGGACUUCCAUCAGCUUCUCAAGGAUGAUCUCGGCACCUGUGUCAGAAAGGAUAAGACUGAUUUACGUCCCAAGUCCGGUAACAAUUCCAAUAGCUUCAUAUUUUAUGAUCACAAAGACUGUUUUGUUGCUGCUUCUCCUUUAAGAAUUGGAAGCUCAUUCACGUUGGCCGUGUGGCUGAAACCCGAGCAGGAUGGUGAAAUGUGUGUGAUAGAAAAGUCUUCUGAUGGGCAGAUUGUGUUCAAACUCACAAUCUCCGAGAAAGAGACCGCGUUUUAUUAUCGCACAGUAAAUGGUUUGCAGCCUCCUAUAAAAGUAAUGACACAGGGGAGAUUUGCUGUGAAGAAAUGGAUUCAUCUUACUGUGCAGGUCCACUACACCAAGGUAGGCUUCUUCAUCGAUGGACCGGAAGAAGAUCUAACACCAUUCGAUGCAAGAUUUCUUCUUGAUCCCAUUUAUAACCCUGAUAUGGGGAGCUUUUUAAGACUUGGACAAAGUAUAAAUGGUUCAGAUCAGUUUAUUGGAAGGAUGCAAGAUUUCUGCUUAUAUCAGGAGGCACUUACAAACAGAGAAAUCUUGGAAGUGUUUUCUGAGAAGUUUCUUCAAGUUUCCAUUCAAUCAGAAUGCAGAUGCCCUAGCAGCCACCCACGGCUUCACCUCCUGGAAGGACAGUCCUGUCUUCCUAAUGGAGUUUACAACACUACGAAGGAUAAAGUUCUAAGGCUCAAUCGAGAUGCUCACCCAGUGUCCUACAUGAAUGAUAAUGAUCUGCAGACCACAUGGAUUUCUUCUAUAUUAUCUGCAUCAGACUUUGACAAAGGCCUAAAUAUUACAGUGGAUUUCACCAAUGGACAAUAUCAGAUAUUUUACGUUAUUAUUCAAUUUUACAGCCCUAUGCCAAAAGCCUUAAAAGUCCAAAGGAAAAAAAAUAGAUGUUCUCUCUGGGAAGAUUGGCAGUAUUUUGCAAGUGAUUGUCAGGACGUUGGAAUGGAAAAUAAUGACUUUUUAGAAAACCCGAAUUCUGUCAAUUGUCUUCAGUUUCCCAGGGACACUCCUUAUUCUAAUGGAAAUGUGACCCUAAGCCUUCUGACUCCAGAACCAAAUCCUCGUCCGGGAUACAAUGACUUUUAUAAAAACCGAGAUCUUCAGGAAUUUGUUGAAGCGUCUCUAGUGAGGAUUCAAUUAACUGGUCAAUAUCACACAUUGGAGUCUAACGUCAGUUUCCGACAUCGGUAUUAUGGAAUUCGCGAAAUUACCGUCAGUGGAAGAUGUAAUUGCCAUGGGCAUGCUAAUUCUUGUGAUACAAGUGUUUUACCUUACAAGUGCCUAUGUGACACGAAGAGCUUCACCGAGGGGGAUAACUGUGAUCGCUGCUUGCCCCUGUAUAACAACAAGCUGUUUCGUCAAGGUGACCAUGUGAAUGCUUAUAACUGCGUACAGUGCCAGUGCAACAACCAUUCAUCCAGCUGUCACUAUGAUGCAAGUGUAGACCCUCACCCCCAUGACCACGACCGAGGAGGCGGGGGGGUAUGCAACAAUUGCUUGCACAACACGGCAGGAAGAAACUGUGAAGUUUGCAAAAUUUUCUUCUACCGGAAAUUUGAGGAUGACCCAUCUGCCAUUGACAUAUGCCAACCCUGCGACUGUGAUGAGGCUGGCACGGCUAACCAAAGUCAAAAUUGUGAGAAGCUUGCAGGUCAGUGCACUUGUAAACUGAAUGUCUGGGGCAGGAGAUGUGAUCAGUGCAAAGACGGAUUUUACAAUUUACAAGAGUCCAACCCCGACGGCUGCCAGCCCUGUCACUGCAACACAACCGGAACAAUCAAUGGAAAUCCUUCAUGUCAUCAGAUCGCCGGCCAGUGCCAAUGCAAAGAACAUGUUGUUGGUCCUCGCUGUGAUCGCUGCAAACUGGGUUUCAAACAAGACACAUUAGGACAAGAGAGCUGUAUACAAUGCACGUGCAGUCCUUAUGGCGCCAUCAAUCAAUUCUGCAAUCCAGCCAGUGGACAAUGUAAAUGCAGAGAGAAUGUCAGCGGACUUGACUGUGACACCUGUAUUGACAACUAUUAUGGGUUGGAUGCUGAUGGUUGUAAACCCUGCAAGUGUCACACGGAAGGGAUUAUCCCUGAAACAGUUUGUGAUGCUGUGACAGGACAAUGUGUUUGUCAGCCUAAUGUUGGUGGAAGCCAGUGCGAUGAAUGCUUGGAGGGCUACUACAAAUCCACACAGAAUGGUUCUGUGUCGUGUCUUCCCUGCCACUGUGAUAAAUCAGGGGCAAUAAACGCCUCUCAGGCUUGUGACCAGUUAACGGGACAAUGUGUGUGCAAAGCCUCGGUAAGAGGUCAGAGGUGUAAUAUCUGCAUCGACCGUACCUACAAUCUGUCUACGGAAAAUAUUUGGGGCUGUCAGGAUUGUGACUGUGAUCUUAAUGGAACAAUACCGGGCUCGGUGUGUGACCAAAUCAAUGGGCAGUGUCAAUGCUUGCCAAAUUAUCAAGGAAGGAGAUGCAGCCAGUGUCAGCCUGGCUUUCAUCUAUCUAGUGAAAGUAAUAAUGCAGCAUGCGUGCCAUGUGUUUGCCACCCCCAAGGAUCCAAGAAUGCUACCUGUGAUGAUAUAAAUGGUCAGUGCUAUUGUCGAGACUCUUCGGUUUCUGGUCUUAAAUGUGAUCGAUGCAGUGAGACAUUUUUUGGAUUGAACUCAGAUACUGGAAGAUGCCAGCCUUGCUCGUGCAACCCACCAGGUUCUGUCAAUACCAGCUGCCAUGCUAUAACCGGACAAUGCUUUUGCAAAGAAUUUGUGAGCGGUAGGAACUGUUCACAAUGUGUGGAAGGUUCUAGCAGUUUGGAUGGGAAUAAUCCGUACGGGUGCAGUUCAACUCCUUCCCAACAGCCACCUCCGAGAGGACAUGUCAUAAACAGCACCACUAUCAUGCUUACCUGGAGUCCACCAGAUGCCCCAAAUACCAAUCAGAUUGACUACAUGCUAUAUAGAGAUGGCCUUGGGAUCUAUGAAACCGCUGACCAUUACCCAUACAGUAUACAGAGCUACACGGAUAAACCCCUUUUGCCAUAUACUGCCUACACUUAUCACGUCAGUGCCAGGAAUGUACAUGGAUCUGUCCGCAGUACCAAUGUGACCUAUCAAACAAGAGCCGGGCCACCAUCUGGAGAAAUAAAAUUGAGCUUAUUGUAUCCCGUGGGUCAGUAUUCGGCUUCAAUGAACUGGACUAUUAUUCUGGAUGCCCAUGUACCUGUUGAGACAUUCAGACUAAUGUACACAUCACAAGGGUCAUUCAAGACAAGUAUCGCGUAUGAGGGUCUUGAUACACAGGUCUCUGUUCAUAAUUUAACUCCUUUUACUAAGUAUAAUUUCACAGUACUCGUCUGUAAUUCUGAAGGCUGCCUACAAAGUUUUCCAACCACAGUGGUAACGGCUCAAGCACCACCUUUAGGUCAGAGUCCACCAGUGGUCAUAAAUUCAAGCUCUACAGAUAUUCACCUACAGUGGUCACCACCGCUACAACCAAAUGGAGUGGUUAUAAGGCAUGAGCUGUACAUGAGAGGCUUACACCAGGCACUUGAAAAACGAGUUUUCCAUGCAAGUGGAUGGCUGAACCCUCAGCCGGUGAUGGAAUCUGAGAAUGAAAACGCCUUAUUGCCACCAGUAACCCAUGCAAUGAUUACCAACCUGGAACCAAACACAGAAUAUGAGUUUUGUAUUGUGACAACUAACAUGGCUGGUAGUGUUGCUUCAGAAUGGGUGACAUUAAAAACUGCAGAAUCAGAACCCACAUACAUGCCUCCUCCGUCUGUGAUUCCACUUUCAGCGAACUCUCUAAAUGUGUCUUGGGAGAAGCCGAGCAACAAUGUAGCAAGAGGAGAAAUUACUGGUUAUACAAUCAACUUGGUAUCCCCAAAUCUGGUGAAGAACCCUGAUACAAGAAGAGCUUCUCCUGAGGUGCUGUAUGUAGCGGAGAGUCAUGAAGACUAUCAUGAAGUGACAGGACUAGACGCCUACCAUGAUUACGCCUUCACUGUCACCCUCUGCAAUAAGAUCGGAUGUGUGACAAGUGAACCUGCGCUCCGAAAGACUUUUGCUUCAGCACCUAAAGAAAUAAAACCACCACUAGUAGAGGGAAUCAAUAGCACUGUCAUGAAGAUUACUUGGUCUGCUCCUGUAAAGCUUAAUGGUCCUUCACCAGUCUACCAGCUGGAGAGGAUAGAGCCAUCACUGACCAUACAAGACAAGACAACCUUCAUCAAAGGAGUUCGCUUUCCUGGACACGGCUAUUUCAGAUUUUCAUCAUCCUCUUUGCCAGGGAACACUUAUUUCACAGGCAUUAAAGUACAAUUCAGAACAAAGGAAGCGGAGGGUCUGAUUCUGUGUGCUGUGUCAGCUGGAACGCAAGAAGAAUACAUUGUGCUUCAAAUAAGAAAUGGACGUCCUUACUUCCUUUUUGAUCCACAGGAAUCCGCUGUGGCUGUGACUCCCACCAAUGAUAACAACAGACUUUACAAUGAUAGCAGCUGGCAUCAGAUCAUGGUCACAAGGAAUGAAGCUUCAGGAACGAUCACUGUGGAUGAAAAAUACUCAGGUUCUGCUUCAGCCACAGGCAGUGGUACAGUUAUUGGUGAAAACACUGGAGUGUUUGUUGGAGGCCUUCCUGCAAGCUUCUCUGUCAAAAGAAAAGACACUGGGAACACACGAAUAGUCCAGAAGAGUUUUGUUGGCUGCCUUGGUGACAUAUUCAUACAGAAAAGUGACAGUCCCAAGGAAUGGCAGCAACUAGACUGGGAUAAAGCUGAAGAACGAAGCAACAUGUAUGAAAAAUGGGAGGGGUGUCCGGAAUCACUUGAGGAAGGAGUACACCUUCUAGGCUUUGGCUUCCUUGAAAUGCCUCCUUCUAUAUUUCCUGGUGGCACAGACAUUGAAAUAUCAUUCAUGUUCAGAACUGACCAGCUGAGAGGCCUCCUGCUUUUUAUAUACAAUAUAGAUGGACCAGAUUAUAUCUUGGUUCAGUUAGACAAUGGGAACCUUAUCGUAAAUUAUAAAAGUGCCUCCUCACUGCUACGAGUCAAUCUUUGGGCCGGACUUUCAUACUGCAAUGGCCAGUGGAACAAGAUAUUGUUCAAAAAGGAAGGUGAACAUUUUUUAGUGCAACUCAAUAAUUUGAUAGAACAGAUGCUUGGGCCUGAAGCUUCUGAGAUAAAGGUUAAUUCACCAGUCUUCCUUGGAGGAGUCCCAGAGUCUGUAGAAACCUUACUUCCAGAACUUCAUAUGCAACAAGGUUUUGGUGGUUGCUUGAAGGACAUCAGUUUUACAAGAGGUGUAACAAUUAACCUCGCAUCAGUGUCCACCUCUGCCGUCAGGGUCAGUCUGGAUGGGUGCCCGUCAUCUGACUCAUCUCUGAACUGUAGAGGAAAUGACUCGACCACCAUCUACAGGGGGAAAGAAGAAACGAUUUGUGACCACGGCGUGCAACCCUUUACAGAAUAUUUGUAUCGCGUGAGUGCUUCAAAUGAUGGAGGGUCAGGAACUAGCUCUUGGAGUCGAGGUCGUUCAAAAGCAGCAGUUCCACCCAGUGGAAAGAUUCUUCUAGAAGUUCUCCACCUUAGUGGAUUUAGUGUAGUGGUGACCUGGGAAAGACCUAUUGGGAUAAGAGGAAUCAUUGAAAACUACAUUUUGACAGCAAAACCCGAGAAGAAUCCAAGAAAAUCUACAACCCGAUCAGUAUUUCUAGAUACCAGUCAAAUUAAUGGCACCCUGACGGGCUUAGCGCCCUUUACAAACUACGUGGUAACGUUAUCUGUGUGCUCUUCAUCAGGAUGUAGCGAGAACCACCAUGUUCUGAACAUCACUACUCUCCAAGAAGCACCAAGUGAAGUCCAACCACCAGCUGCAGAAUGUCUUCCAAAAUCCUUAUAUCUACACUAUUCUCCACCCAAGAACCCGAAUGGAAUUAUCACAAGGUACAUUUUAUACAUGGAUGGAGCCCAGAUCCAUACAGGGAGAGGAACAGGAUACAAUGUCAGUGGAUUAGCACCUUUUACCGCGCACCAGUUUCUGUUGUCUGCAUGCACCGUAGCCGGUUGUACAAACAGUUCCCGUGUCACCUUGACUACUGCACAACUGCCUCCCGAAAUUGUCGCUGCACCGGUUGUCAGGGUCUUGGAUUCUACGAGGAUCCAUGUCCAGUGGGAAGAGCCGGGCAUAGUCAAUGGAAUACUUCAGCGUUAUAUACUACAUAUUUCAGAGAACAUGGGCAGCAAAGGUCCCUGGACCACUGUCUAUAACAGUACGGAGCUGUUUCUAGAUUACACUAUUAAGGGGUUAACACCAGGAACCAAAUACUUCAUAAAGCUCAGUGCUUGUUCCGGAGGAGGGUGUACAGAAAGUGACAUCACUAAGGCUUCCACAGCAGAGAGUAUACCAGAAGGCAUUGGAACUCUGAAUAUCCAGUCACAUUCUCCUCAAUCUUUUUAUAUUUCCUGGUCAAAACCAGAACAUCCAAAUGGCGUUAUCACAUCUUAUGGUCUGUACAUGGAUGGAAUCUUAAUGCAGAACUCUUCGCAUCUAAGUUAUUUUGUAGAUGGCCUGGCUCCCUGGAGUAAACAUUCAUUCAGGCUCCAGGCUUGUACUGCAAAAGGCUGUGCCUUAGGUGAAAAGACUGAGGCCUAUACUCAAGAAUCUGAGCCAGAAGGGAAUGUUUCAGUCCAUGUGAAUAUAAAUGGUCCAAAGGAUGUCCAACUGAAAUGGCAAGGACCCGAAAAGCCCAAUGGCCAUAUUACAUAUGAUGUCAUCUUUAAUGGAUUGCUUUAUGAAAAAAAAGAUAGCAAAGAUCUGAACUUGUCUCAGGACAACCAGGAGUCAUUUAUAUUUGCACCCCUAAAGAUAUGUACCUGGUACUCCCUACAACAUUCUGCUUUGGCUACCUUUCUGAGAACUUCCCCAGAGAGCCCAAAAUCUCUGUUGGCAUCCAUGAAUGAUGAACACCAAUUGGAAAGUGAUUAUAUCCACAGUAUUACUAAUUGCAGCCGGAUGCUGUAUCAGAGUCAAGAGAGUGAUGAAUGGGUCUUGGUCAAUGGUUUGGUUCCUUUCUCUACUUACACAGUCAGUGUAAAUGCAUCUAAUAGCCGAGGUCAUGUGACUAGUACCCCCGUCAUAAUCACAAUGCCUGCAGGAGCUCCAGAUGGUGUACUGCCUCCGAGGCUUUCAUCUGCCAACCCGACCAGUCUUCAGGUUGUCUGGUCUUCACCAGUUCGAAAUAAUGCUCCUGGCUUACCCAACUAUCGACUCCAGAUGAGAUCGACGAAUCCCACCAAAAAAAUCACAGAAGAGUUUUUGGGGCCCAGUGGUUCCUUCACUUAUACAAUUAAGAAUCUCCAACCAUACACUACAUAUGAAGUGAGGAUCAUCGCCUCUAAUGCACAUGGAGAUACCUACAGCAAAUGGGCUAACAUGUCUACGGAACAAGACAAACCAGGAUCCGUUGACCCACCUAGUCUCUUCCAUGUCAAGUCAAGAUCGAUAACUGUUACUUGGCAACACCCAUCAAAACCGAAUGGAAUAAUAACCCAUUAUAACAUUUACCAAAAUGGAAGCCUAGAGGUGACUGUGCCAGGGAACAGAUCAAGCCAUACUUUCCAUGCCUUAACCCCUUACACAAGUUACCUGUAUCAGCUAGAGGGAUGCACAUCGGCGGGGUGUACAAUGUCGAAGGAGUCACUAGUCACAGAGACCCUUCCAGAUGCGCCAACCGAUGUUCUACCACCCGAUCUCCAUUCUGAUAGCCCCACUUCAGUGAUGAUAACAUGGAAACCUCCGCUCCACCCGAAUGGUAUAAUAGAAAGCUUCAGUAUUGAAAGAAGGCUGAAAGGCACCAAACAUGUGGACAUUAUCACAACGGGACCGGGGAAUCACCAAAUGCAGUAUAUUGAUCAAGCGAGGGACAUUAACCCGUGGAAGACGUAUGAAUACAGAAUGGUCGCUACAACUUUCAAUGGUGGAACAAACUAUAGUGACUGGGUGGAAGUCACAACAAGACCAUCAAGACCGGUGGGAGUGCAGCCACCAGACGUGGCUAUAUUAGGUCCAUAUACAGCAAAGGUCACUUGGACUCCUCCACUCAGACCAAACGGAGAUAUAUUAAGCUAUGAGAUCCGCAUGCCAGAACCUCGGAUCCUUCUUACUAACCCCUCUGUUCUGAGCAAUAUAAUGACAAGUCUAAUCCCAUACACGGACUAUUCGGUUACCAUAGUGGCUUGUUCCGGUGGGGGGACACAUCAUGGAGGGUGCACUGAGAGCUUGCCUACUUACGUGACCACACAGUCAGCACCUCCUGAAGGCAUUCGGCCAUUGUCGGUGGUACCGGUUAGCGAUACGUUUAUUGCUAUUUCAUGGCAACUUCCUUCCCGGCCCAAUGGACCAGAUAUAAGAUAUGAACUCCUGAGACGUACAAUCCUGCAACCACUUACAUCAAAUCCCCCUGAAGAUUUAAAUCUGUGGCAGAAUAUUUACUCAGGAACUCAGUGGUUCUGUGAAGAUAAGGGUCUUAGCAGGUACACAUUUUAUGAAUACAAGCUGAUUGUGUACAAUUCUGUCGGAUACACAUCAAGUCCAGAAGUUCAUGCAGCGACCCUUCCAGGUCCCCCUUUAAGGGGAAGUGAUCUGACUGUGAAGACUGCUAACCACACUGCUAUAGAAGCCUUCUGGACCAAGCCCUCCAUACACGAUUUACAAGGUGAUGUCGAUCAUUACACCAUUGAAGUAAAGUCACCCAAAUAUGAGAAGUCACUGAGAUUCCCAUCUGAUGUGAACCGAGCAGUGAUUGGUGGAUUACAUCCCAACACCGACUAUCAGCUCUACGUGGAGGUCUCCAAUGGACCCCACAGUAUCAGCAGUGGCUGGGAACAUGUCCGCACCUUAGAUGGAGAGCCUGAGGGUAUGCUGCCCCCAGAGGUUGUGGCAAUCAACAGUACAGCUGUACGUGUCAUCUGGUCGUCCCCUUCAAAUCCAAAUGGCGUUGUCACAGAAUAUUCCAUCUACGCGAAUGAUAAGGUCUACAGGACGGAACUCAGGACGCCCCAUGCCUUUAUCCUGGGAGACCUGGCUCCGUAUACAGUGUACAAUAUACAGGUUGAAGUCUGCACUGCAUAUGCCUGUAUUAAGAGCAACGCUACCCAGGUAGCUACAGUGGAAGGAUCACCAAAAAAGAUACCUCCUCCAAGAAUUGGAAAUGUGACUUCAAGAUCAGUGGAGAUUCAUUGGUCUCCACCAGAAGACCCUAAUGGAAUUAUUCUUGGCUAUAACCUGAGAAGACGACACAUGCAGCCAUGUCGUUCUAUGAAGAUGGUAUCAAGGGACUCAAAUGGAAAUUUUUGCAUGUUCAUCAAAUGCAAGAAAGGAGAAGACAUCUGCGGAGAGAACGCCCCUGUCUACAGCAGUAUGAAACCAGUUUGUAACCAAAUAGCAUCCCGACACGAGGAGGAGAACCUGAUUGAUCGGAAUACAGUCUGCAAAGGAAUCUGGUAUAAGGCCCUGAAGGGCAUACAGCGUCAGCGGGGCGAGAGACUCCCCAGCGAGGACCAGCGAUGGCAGACGCGACUGGCCCUAUGGAUCCCCCUCCUGGGAGAGCAGCCCAUAGAGGAGUGGGUGAAGGAGCUUGAGCUCCGGGUGCGACAAGAGCUGUGGCUGGAGAAUGCCUACCAGGCGCUCUGGUGGUAUACCGCUGGACAUACACCCUGGACGGCCAAGCACGACAACCCGGAGGGGUAUGAUUACGAUGGCCCUGGCCUGUUGUGGGAGUCUUUCACAGAACCUGAGUUCGGGAGCACUAUGGAGACCCGAUUUUAUGACAUCUACGACUUCAUGGAGGGUAUGCAAGAUUAUGCUGACCCCAAUGAGGUGAGACCAGACUUGGAAUAUCUAGUGACACUGGAGUGGGGGCUGGAGCAGGACUACCGACAUCUGCUCGAAAUAAUUGAGAAUACCCUGCAGGAGAGUUGGGUGGCAGUCCCAGACUUAAAGCCCUUCACGGGGAAGACCCAGCUGAGGUACCCCCUACUUCACUACCAGCUACAGAGAAAGGACGGAUAUGAGUGCUGUGAACAGGACUAUGUUGCAUCCAUUGACAAUGCAUCACGGAUAUGUUGUGAAGGUCAAUUUCAUGUAGUAAAGCCCAACCAUCAGUGCUGUGGAGGAUAUUAUGUCAAACUUCAUACCGACUUCAUGGGAAGGAAAGAUCGGGACUUGGAUUUCAACAUGCUCAAUCCUUUUAUUCUCAAGGAAGAUGGCAGCAAAUUCUGUAAAUCCCUUCCCCCUAUUGAGAAUACAUGUGAGGUCUGCUGCUACGACAGGACGCAGAACAGAGUGUCUAUUGGAGACGGAGACUUGUGUUGUGGGGACACCCCAUACUCAGAGGCUGGACCUCAGAUCUGCUGUGGUGGGUCGCUCCAUGAUGGCUUUACUCAGCGUUGUUGUGGUGGUAAACCAAUGCCUCCAGACUUUAUCUGCUGCGGUAACGACCAGGAGGGAUCUCCCUAUAGACAAUCACUGGGGAUGUCCUGCUGCGGCCAAGACUAUGUGAACGUGUCAGAUACAACCUGCUGUUCAGGACCUAAUGGACAAUUUAAAGCACAUCUAAAGUUAAAUAAUGGAAUUCCAUUAAAAUGCUGUGAAACUGAGCUGAUUACUGAAGAAGAGGAAUGCUGUAAAGGAAUUGGAUAUAAUCCAGUGACUCAUGUUUGUUCUGACAAGCCAUCGACAGAAAGCUUUAUCACGGAAGAACGCUGCGGCUCAGCAGUGGUGUGCCCCCUGUCACUGCCCGCCACUGCGUACUGUGGACAGUGUCAUUUUAACUCCAGCUCUGAUUCUUGUCUCUCCACAAGACAUGGUGUAAUAACCAGUGAUAGUGACCUGAGGGAAGUGGAUAAGAUGUGCUGGACGGACUGGGAAAUCGUUUACACUGGAAGAUCAGGACAAUAUGUUUUUACCGAUGGCGGUGUAAACCCUUUCACAACCUACGAAUAUCAAAUAUCGACCUGGAACAGUUUUAGCAACAGUUUCAGUAAUGUGAGCACGGUCACUACCAAUCAAGAUUUACCUCAAGGACUAGGCCCUCCAAGAUGGACUGUAGCUGAGAAUCGUGAAGGUGUGAUUUCAUUGAGCUGGCAGGAACCUAGGAAGCUAAAUGGUGUAAUUUAUUAUGUUCUUGUACGUGAUGGAGUUGAGCGGUUCAAAGGGACUGAGAAACGUUUUGAAGAUCAGGGCAGUAUCCAGACAUAUCAAGAGUACACAUACCAACUGAGGGCAUGUACUGUAGCUGGCUGUUUACACAGUGCAAAGGUGACUGCAGCCAUUAAACAAGGAGUCCCUGAAACUAUCUCUACACCUGUUAUUGUCACAGUGAACUCUACAGCUUUACAUCUGAGCUGGACUGCUCCCAAAAAGCCAAAUGGUAAAAUUAGAGAAUAUCAGCUGCACCAGGCUGGAAAAGGAAUUAUCUAUGUGAGCAGGACAGGACAGAAGCAAUAUACUGUGUCAGGUCUUCAUCCAUAUACAAAAUAUAUGUUCUUCCUCACAGUCUGUACAUCUGUAGGGUGCAAUAGCAGUGAGGUGGCAUCAGGCUAUACAUUACAAGCUCCUCCUCAAGGAGUUUGGCAGGAUCCUCACCACGUCACAAUCAAUUCAUCAGCGCUGGAACUAUAUUGGAGGGAACCCGAGAGGCCCAAUGGGAUGAUUUCUGAGUAUAGACUGAUACGGAACGGGGCAGUCAUUUCCAGAAGAAGUGGUGAAUAUCUGAAUUUCACUGAUGUUGGACUACAGCCCAACGGCAGUUACUUCUACCAGCUGGAGGCCCAAAAUGAAGCAGGGAGCAAUAUCAGCCAUGUCUAUGUGGUAGAAACGCCGCUCCAUACUCCGCAGGAAAUUCCUGUUCCGUAUAAUAUCACUAUCCUGGGACCAUAUUCUGCAUACGUGGCUUGGAACCUUCCAGGGGUGUAUGACCCCAGCGUCCCCUUGGAUUUUAACGUUUUGCUGAACGCUGGUAGGAAGGAGGCGCAGAUUCACUCGUCAGGAGGAAAACGCUUUAUCAUUUUGGAAGACUUGGUCCCGGGUGAAGAGUUUUCCCUCCGGUUACAAGCUUGUCAAUAUGGUAAUUGUGGAGUCGGCAGUCCCACAUUCGCGGUAACUAAAGAAGCAGCACCGGAAGGUCUUGACCCACCAGUACUUUUUGCAGUUGGCCCACACGACAUUAGGGUUACAUGGAAAGCACCAAAGAAACCAAAUGGGUACAUAACGGGAUAUAUUGUUCACAGGUGCCUUGCUGGCAGCCGUGACAAUAUUACAGCCGUCGCCUUACCUGGUGGGAUUUUAGAAUACAGGGAUUCUUCCGAAGACUUACAGCCUUACACACAGUAUCAGUACUCCAUCACAGCACAGAACAGAGAGGGCAUGCUGCAAAGUUCAUGGUCCAUUGUCCACACACUUGAAGCUGCUCCUGAAGAUCUAGAUCCACCAACAGCAAAAGUAACAAGUGCUUAUUCUCUGCGCCUUACCUGGACGGCUCCCACAAGACCUCUUGGAAUAAUAAGACAAUAUCUUAUCAUGUAUCAGGAGAGCACGAAUGAUCCAUCCCUGCAGAGGUUCUCCUCUCUGCACCUCUUGCUGUCAUUCCAGUUUGUCGGAACGAUAUACCAGGCAAAGGUCUUUGGGCUACAUCCAUUUUCAAUGUAUCACAUCUGUAUCAUGGCCACCAAUAGUGCUGGGACCGUGUCCAGUGGAUGGAUUUCCAUAAAGACGUUGGAGGCUGCACCAAGCACCGUUAACGUCACAGUGGAGAAGACAGAAGAUGGAAGAGCGUUACUCCUCAGAUGGUCUCAACCGACUAGAACUAAUGGAGUACUGAUGAUGUAUAACGUAUAUAGUGAUGGCAGUCUUGAAUACAGCGGUCUAUCCCAACAAUUUUUUCUCCGUCGCCUUGAACCCUUCACAGUUUAUACUUUGGUACUUGAAGCUUGUACUGCAGCCGGCUGUACCCAGACUUUCCCACAUCGUGUCCAGACAGAUGAAGCUUCUCCUGUAUCUCAGCUCCCACCUCAAAUCAAACCACUCAAUGCUACUCAUAUUCAACUAACCUGGUCACCUCCAGUCCAUCCAAAUGGAAAAAUUAUACAAUAUGAGAUCAUUAAAAGGUCCACACAGGAAAAUUCUUUGGGGAACCGGAAGACCAUUGCUGAAAGUGUUGUGUUUAGACAACUGAACACGGAGCCUAUGAGAUUUAUCUAUACAGACGGAGGACUGAAACCUUGGACGGAUUAUGAGUAUAAGGUUCGGGUGUGGAACUCGGUUGGGUACACAGAUAGUAUAUGGACAGUUGGUCAAACCAGUCAAGCAGCACCCACUUUUAUUCCUCCACCUAAGUUAUCCUAUGACUCUCAAAAUCCCAACCAUAUUGUCAUCCAAUGGACCAAGCCAGAAGAAGACAAUGGGAAAAUAUUGCAUUACAAGCUUCAGAAAAAUAAUAUAACGUUACCCUUUAAUUUUGACUAUGCAACAUUAAAUUAUACAGAUGAAGAUUUGCUUCCUUAUUCCGAGUACACUUACUCCAUAGUAGCCUGCACAUUAGGAGGUUGUACCAUUAGUGAUGCUACACACAUAAGAACGUUAGAAGGUCCACCUAGUGUACUAAACCCACCCACUGCUGAAGCCCUUAGUGCAACAGAAGUCAACGUGUCUUGGUCUCCACCAUCAAUGCAGAAUGGGGAAAUCACUAAAUAUAUUGUAAAGUUCGAUAAUGAGACAUACUUUGUUGGAACCAGAUUAUCAAUAGUUGUAUCCAACCUUCAACCCUUCACCAUCUAUAAUUUAAGCCUGGUUGCUUGCACCAAUGGCGGUUGUACGAGUAGCUCAAAUACAUUGGUCAGAACAAAGGAAGUUCGUCCAUUUCACAUGAAAGAACCAAGUUUUGUAGUGACAAGUGCACAGUCCAUUAAAAUCUCAUGGCAAAGUCCCGAAAAACCUAAUGGAGAGAUUGCAAACUAUGAGCUACGUAGAGAUGGUCUACUGAUUUACACGGGUUUGGAUAUUCACUAUCAUGACUUUGGGUUGGAACCGGGAACAGAAUAUACUUACACUGUACAAGCCAGCAAUAGCCAGGGGAGUUGCACAAGCUCACCUGCAAGUAUAAAGACCCAACCAUCCUUGCCUUCUGGUAUGGAACCACCAAGACUUCAUGCAAAAAGUGCCAAUAAGAUAUUGAUUACUUGGAGAGAUCCUCUGAAGGCUAAUGGGCCUAUACAAAAUUAUACUCUUUAUAUUCAUCAUCCAUCUGAAAUGAAGGACAAACAGUAUACCUUUAACAGCUCUUUUCUUUCUCCAAAUGACCACUCUUAUGUGAUAAAGGACCUGAAACCAUAUACACAGUAUGAAGCAAGAGUUGAAGCCUGCACUCUACUCGGAUGUGCUGUAAGUGAGUGGAUGACUGGUCAUACCAUGGAGGCUCCCCCAGAAUCACAACCUGCUCCACUCAUUGAUGUCCAGAAAAACACUCAAGCUCCAUUACUGGCUUGGAACGGUCCACAACAACCAAACGGGAAAAUCAUAAGAUAUGAUGUUUAUCGAAGGAGGCAAAAUGACCCCAAAGAAAUUAUGUCCACAGAGUUGGUUUUCAAUGGGUCCUCACUGUCAUUUCAGGAUGUGGAUUUGCUGCCAUAUACAGAGUAUGAGUAUCAGGUGGUGGCUGUGAAUUCUGCUGGAAGGACGUCCAGCUCCUGGGCUCAUUGUCGGACUGGCCCCGCCGCCCCAGAAGGCUUACUGGCACCAGCUUUUCUCAAGGUGUCCUCCACGUUUGCGGUUGCCAACAUAUCUCCACCGACUAAGCCGAAUGGUGUAGUUAUCCUCUACAGACUGUUCUCCAGGAAUGACAAGGGAGAGGACUCCGUGGUGUCUGAAGGAACAUCCAUCCAGCAGACCAUUCAUGGUCUCAAGCCCUUUACCAACUACUCCAUAAGUGCCGAGGCCUGCACGUGUCUGACGUGUUGCAGUAAAGGUCCCAUAGCUCGGCUCUUGACUCUCUCGGCAUCACCUUCCCACCAGCGACCUCCACACAUAACACACAAAACUUCAAGGGCAGUGUCACUGCAGUGGAGCGCACCGGGGUCACCUAAUGGCAUUAUUCAAAGGUAUGAGGUACACAUGCAGGUGACGUGUCCUCCUUUGGUUCCAACUGUUGGAUCAUCUUGUAUUGAAGGAGCUGUAGAGAUGACGUAUUCUGGAAAGGAGGAAACAUGUGAAAUUACGGACCUACAGCCAUUCACUACGUACAACCUGAGGGUGCUUAGCUACAACUCAGAAGGCAGUACCAGCUCUGACUGGAUCCAAUGCACAACCGUAAAAGAAAGGCCAUUAUACACAGCUCACAUCUCUGUUUCCAGUAAUCUGACCACCAUAUUCCUGGACUGGGGACACAGCUUCCAGCUUAAUGGGCAGUUGAAAGAGUUUGUCCUAACUGAACGAGGGCAGCGCAUCUACAGUGGUCUGGACUCCAGUGUUCACAUCCAGAGGACCACAGAUAAAACCUUUUAUUUUCAGGUGACGUGCACCACUGACAUGGGGAGCGUGAGCACGCCGAUUGUGAAGUACAGCUCCAGCACAGGACUAGCUCCUGAACAAUCAAAUCCAAGCACAAAAAAUGGUCUGGAGACGAGAGGGAACGCCAUCUACACGGAGCUUUGGUUUAUACUCUUGAUGGCGCUAUUGGCCUUACUGCUUCUGGCUAUUCUCCUGUCCUUCAUCCUACAGAGGAAGUUAAACAAGCAGCCAUAUCCGAGAGAACGGCCGCCAUUAGUGCCGCUCCAACAGCGAAUGUCUCCAGCAAGUGCUUACUCAGAGAGUGACACGUACACGGGAAUGUCGGACGUAAAGGUUUCAGGAGUGGAGACUAACACGAGCCACAAUACAAUGACAGUCAGGAAGACGAGCCAAGGUCAGAUCAGCUGUAGCUUCUCAGAGAACUCCUUGUACCGCAGCGCCAGUCAACUCAUUGCUUCCCAUGAUAAGAAGUCCACAGUGGACAGCUCCAUCUGGGAUAGCGUCAUUCAAGGCCAUGACAGUGGAAUGUGCAUGGAUGAUGAAGAUCUUAUCAGCACCAUAAAGAGCUUCAGCACUGUGACAAAGCAACACACGGCCUUCACCGACACACCACUGUAACACUAGAAACAUAGCGACCAAGGAAAUGUAGGUUUUACCAGCAAACGUCAAGAUCUGUGCCACAAAGUCCACCACAAUGACUAAUCAGCAUGUGGCAUCCACCCAGAGGAUACUGUCAGGAAAAAGAUGACGAGUCCCUUCACCUUUUCUCUUGGCUGAACAUGAACUGAUGUGCGUCGCGAGAUAACCAGUUUUUCAAAACAACAUAAUUUCAUGAUAUUGUGUCAACUGAGGUCUAUCCUAUACAUGACUAUGCGCGGGCACCCAGUGGUUGUGAUGUGAA